UUCAAAUUGUUUUUCUAUCAAUUUCUUGAAUUUUUAAUUACUAGGAGCUUUUUCUCGACUUCUUUCAUUUCAUUUUGCAAUUUUUUUUUACCGUGCCGACGAGUUCCAAAUCAUUUUGAAAUUUACCCAAUUGCGAUUUCUGCCAAUUCCUACUAAUUUCGACGUGGGUUUGAUUUCUUGGAUUUGCGUUCUGGGUAUUAAUUGAAUUUUUCAGGAAUUUUCGGUCUUGCUGGAAAUUGAGUUUAGGUUUUUUGGGAUUUAGUGUAAGGGGGCUGUUGUAUUCUGUUUUUUGUUCUUGGUUAAUUGUAGUUUUCUGGGAUUUAGGUCGCGACUGAGGAAGAUGAUUGCAGAGAAACCUAGUUGGGUUAGGCAUGAGGGUACACAGAUUUUCUCCAUUGAUAUUCAGCCUGGUGGCCUCAGGUUUGCCACUGGCGGUGGCGACCAUAAGGUGCGCAUUUGGAAUAUGAAAUGUGUUGCAAGGGAACUUCCAUCUGACGAAACAACAGCGAAACUUCUCGCAACAUUACGGGAUCAUUUUGGGUCUGUUAACUGUGUGAGGUGGGCUAAACAUGGUCGAUACAUUGCAUCUGGAUCAGAUGAUCAAGUUAUUCUUAUUCAUGAGAGAAAGCCCGGUUCCGGCACAACAGAGUUUGGUAGUGGUGAGCCACCAGAUGUCGAGAAUUGGAAAGUUGCUAUGACGUUGAGAGGGCAUACUGCUGAUGUGGUGGAUCUUAAUUGGUCUCCGGAUGAUUCAGCAUUAGCCAGUGGAAGUCUUGAUAAUACGAUUCAUGUUUGGGACAUGACUAAUGGAAUUUGCACUGCUAUUCUCCGGGGACACGCCAGUCUGGUCAAGGGUGUCGCGUGGGAUCCAAUUGGUUCCUUUAUAGCUAGUCAAUCCGAUGACAAGACCGUUAUAAUUUGGCGGACAAGUGAUUGGAGUCUCAUUCACAGAACUGAUGGUCACUGGGCUAAAUCGCUUGGCUCCACUUUCUUUAGGCGGCUUGACUGGUCGCCUUGUGGCCAUUUUAUAACGACAACUCAUGGUUUCCAAAAGCCUAGGCAUUCUGCACCCGUUCUUGAGAGAGGGGAGUGGUCUGCGACAUUUGACUUUUUGGGGCACAAUGCGCCGGUUAUUGUUGUUAAGUUCAAUCAUUCGAUGUUCAGGAAGAAUUUGUCCAAUUCCCAGGACUCAAAAAAUGUGUCUGUUGGUUGGAGCAAUGGUUCGUCAAAAACUGAAGGAAAAGAUUUACAAGCAUAUAAUGUCAUUGCCAUAGGAAGUCAGGACCGGACCAUAACUGUAUGGACUACAGCGAGCCCUCGUCCUCUUUUUGUGGCUAAACAUUUCUUUUCUCAAAGUGUCGUGGAUCUAACUUGGAGUCCAGAUGGGUAUUCAUUAUUUGCUUGCUCUUUGGAUGGAUCAACAGCAACAUUUCACUUUGAUGUGAAUGAAAUUGGGCAGAAGUUAACUGAUGCUGAACUAGACGAUCUGAAAAAAAGUCGCUAUGGGGAUGUAAGAAGUCGCCAGGGAACCUUAGCCGAGAGUCCAGCACAGCUGUUGCUUGAAGCCGCAUCUGCAAAACAAACUCCGCAUAAAAAGGCAGUAGCCUCAGAGAAUCAAACGUUGCUAAAAUCCUCUGCCGCUUUAGUGGCUCCAAGAAAAGUUCCUAAAACUAUUACCGAUGCUGGAAAGAAACCCCAAGAUCCGACCGGUGAUAGCAUCAAUAAAGUUCCCGCCCCUGCUCGGAUGUCAAGCCCUGUAAAGCAAAAAGAAUAUAGACGGCCGGAUGGUAGAAAGAGGAUAAUACCAGAAGCUGUUGGGGCGACUGUACAUCAGGAAAGAACUAUUUCUGAUCGAUCUGACAUGUUAUUAAGAUCCUCGGAAGAAAACAAGAAUGACAGUGGGGCAGGGACGAUGAUGAAACCUGUAGGUGGUUCUGCUGAUCUGAAAGAGCGGUCGAGCGGCACUGCAAGAGCAACUGUUAGUGAGAGCUUGGUCAUUGAGAAGGUUUCGUCAAGUGAAAGCAAAGAAGUAAUAAAUAAUGUCGAGCAGAUUGGUCUGCCUGCUACUGCUAGUUCUCUUUCGAUUAAAGUUUUUGAUAAGAAGCACGGGGAAGAUGCAAUGCCUAUCUGCUUGGAAGCUCGUCCUCGAGAGCAUGCUGUUAGUGACAUUGUAGGAGCAGGGAAUACUUUUACAAUUAAAGAAACGGAAGUGUCUUGCACCAAAGGGUCGCAGACUCUAUGGUUUGAUAGGAUCUCUGGCAAGGUGACUGUCUUGGCUGGGAAUUCGAAUUUUUGGGCUGUUGGUUGUGAGGAUGGAUCACUUCAGGUUUAUACAAGAUGCGGGAGACGUGCCAUGCCAACCAUGAUGAUGGGAUCAGCAGCAGUAUUUAUCGAUUGUGAUGAACUUUGGAAAUUGUUACUUGUCACAAGAAAUGGAUCAGUCUAUGUUUGGGAUCUUUACAGCAAAAAAUGUCUGCUUCAUGAUUCUUUGGCUUCGCUAGUAACUACCGACUCGAAGCCACAUGCAAAAGGCGCAAUCAAAGUAAUAUCUGCAAAAUUAUCAAAAGCUGGUUCACCUCUCGUUGUAUUGGCUACACGACAUGCCUAUCUCUUUGACACAAGUCUUAUGUGUUGGCUGAGAGUGGCAGACGACUGUUUUCCAGCGUCAAAUUUCGCUAGCUCUUGGACCUUGGGUUCGACCCAUGGUGGGGAGCUUGCGGCACUGCAAGUUGAUGUCAGAAAAUAUCUGGCGCGGAAACCAGGGUGGAGCAGAGUAACCGAUGACGGUUUGCAGACCCGUGCUCAUUUGGAAGCCCAGAUGGCGUCUGCACUGGCUUUGAAUUCCCCAAAUGAAUAUCGCCAAUGUCUUUUAUCCUAUGUUCGGUUUCUUGCAAGGGAGGCGGAUGAAGCCCGAUUACAGGAAGUGUGCGAGAACUUUCUAGGACCUCCCGUUGGCAUGGUUGAAUCCGGAUCAGACCCAAAAACCGCGGCAUGGGACCCUAUAGUACUUGGUAUGAGUAAGCAUAAGCUUCUUAGAGAAGACAUUCUUCCGGCAAUGGCGUCAAACAGGAAAGUGCAACGGCUCCUGAACGAGUUCAUGGAUCUUCUGUCAGAAUACGAGCCUACUGAAACUAGCAGUAAUCCUAAGAAUCCGUCGCCUGUCACUGACAAAAUGAACAAAAAUCAUUCUGCAGUCGAUAAACCUAAUCUUGAUUCAGCCGUAAAACCAGUGGUAUCCGAAGCAGAUCGCGCCUCCAGGCAAAUGAAUUUUGAACCUCUUGCCACAGAUCAGUUGAAAGAAAAAGAUAUUUGAUCUGAUCCUAACUAAAAGGCGCGAAUUCGGAUUCGGAUGCGUAACGAGGUGUUUUGUGAGUCGGGAUUCGGGGCUUUUUUAGAGGAUACUUGUCUGUAGUCUUCUUUGUAGUUUGUUUGUGUCUUGUAUAAAUACGAAGGCAGCCUUGCUCUUGUUGAUGUAUAAUUGAAGCUUUGGAUCUCUCUCUCUCCUAAGUAGGCUUGUAAAGCAUUGAUUUCUUGUUUA